ACAGAAAACAGUUUGGGAGACACAUUACCAUCACACACACAAUUAUACAAAAUGAUUCCAAGUUUACCUCCUCCAGUUAGUACUCCCGCGACGGAGACGCCCAAGAAAGAAGGAAGAUACAAACUUGACUUCUCGUCCUCCGACGACAAAUCCAUAUUCCCUAAAUAUUUUGCUUUGCAAAACUAUAGCCCAAGACAUCCCCAGCCAAGAACUGCACCCUUUCUACAGUAUAUACAUGAAAGUUACCUUGAAUUCAAUGGCGAACACGGCCUCCUUCAUCCAUUUUCAAAAUUCGAAUCCGAAAUCUCCGAUUCUAACCCCAAACUCAUCCACAUAAGAUGUACGGGCAUCAACAAAUAUUGGGUUCGCAAAUCAUCCGACUCCAACCACAUUGUACCCAUUGCCACCAAGAAAGAAGACAACGUAUCGAAAUCGUCGUGCACUUUGUUCGAGCCAAUCUAUGAUGCCAAAUAUAAGGCUUACCGCUUUCGUCACGUGCAACUCGGUUAUGAGUUGUUUCGUGAUAAAACGGACAGGUUAUUGGCAAGGGAGAAUGGUAGUCCAGAUUCUGAACGGGAGGAUGCAUAUGGUGUAUUCACCAGAGUUAUUGAUUGGAAUUCGUUAUGUGUGUUCCCAAAACACGUGACCUUUAAAGGCUACAAUGGCAAGUAUUUGAGAUUUGAGGGUAAGUAUUUGCAAGUAUCUGGAGAGCAAAAUCAUUCAUCUCUUAUCCAUGAGAUCUACCCUCAAAAGGAUGGAAAUCUUAUGAUCAAGAAUAUUAAGUCCGAAAGGUUUUGGAUCCAUGAUCCUAAUUGGAUAGUAGCUACCGCGAGAGAUGGGAAUAGAGACGAUCCGAACUUAUUGUUUCAACCUGUGAGCCUCCACAACAACGUCGUGGCUCUUCGCAGCUUAGGAAACACUGCCUUCUGCGCUAUUAUAUCCGUGGAUGACCAGAAAAAUUGUUUGAAUGCUACUGAAUCUGACCCUACUGAAGAAACCCAAUUUGAAGUUUCAGAAGAUUAUAUAAUAUAUAGAAGAAAAAUAGAUAUCAACAUUCACUAUAGGCUUGGAAAUGGAAGGAUUUAUGGGGAGAGAGUUUGGUCAAUGGCCAAAGGAUAUGCCAUUAACAAAACCGAAGAACCUGAACAAAUCGAAUUCACUUUCUCUUUUGAAGACGAAAGGAACAUGAAAUGGACCAACAUAUUUGCUAAACAAUUUGAAUCCACUAAGUAUUUUAAUGCUGAGUUUCCUUUGAUAAAAGACGGCGAAAUUACUAUAGGAAAUGGUACUGCUCAAUCAAUCAUAUGGGGAGAAACUUAUCGUAAAAAAAAAAUUUUGAUGUCUUGUGAUACCACCAUCACCGUACCUCCCAUGUCGAAAGUGAAGGUCAAUGUUGUCGUCAAACGGGGGUUUUGUGAAGUUCCUUUUUCGUAUAUGCAUGCCACAACUAGCGCAAAACAUAGCGUAAUAAUACCAUACAGAGACGGAGUUUUCACUGACGGAGAUUUCACCGGUGUUAAUUCAUACCAAUUUCAGAUAACGACUGAUGAGGAAGCACUACCUAUAUGAAUUAAAAGGCACGAAUUAUUGGCAUUGUCUUGUGUGUUUUAGUCCCAUAUGUGUGUGUAGUAAUAAAGAAUAAUGUGGUUCAACCACACACCUUUUAUAUCCUUCAUUUACUUAAAGUUUGUCAUUUGUGUGUCCUUAUGUUUGGAGGGUGUUUGUGAUUCGUGUGUUACAUAUAUUUGAAGUUUAAUAAUAAUGACUGAUUUAUAUUUUUCUA